AUGUACUGUGAUUGCCGAUACAUAUCACCCUGCGAAGCUGCUUGGAGAAUAUUCGAGUUUCCUAUACACUAUAGACAACCUUAUGUGGAAAGACUAUCAUUUCAUCUUCCAAAUGAACAACAUGUCAUAUUCUCUGAUGAUGAUCCGAUUGAUGAUGUUGCCAAUAGACCCACUGUAAGGGAAUCGAUGUUUUUAAGUUGGUUUGAGACAAAUAAAACAUCUUCUGAAGCAAGAGAACUAACUUACGCAGAAUUUCCCCUUAAGUUUGUGUGGAAACCAAAGUUGAAAAGAUGGGAGAAAAGAAAAACUUCUGCAUUUUCAAUUGGAAGGAUUUUCUUUGUUCCGCCUGGAACUGGCGAGCUAUACUACCUCAGGUUGUUGUUGAAUGUCAUUAAAGGCCCAAAAUGUUAUGAAGAUCUUAAAAGAAUCAACAAUCAUGAUCAUCAUACAUUUAGAGAAGCAUGUUUUGCACUUGGUUUAAUUGAUGAUGACAAAGAAUAUGUGGAUUGCAUAAAGGAGGCAAGUAGUUGGGGUAUGCCAUCGUAUCUUAGGCAAUUAUUUUCUAUGUUGUUGUUAUCGAAUUCGAUGUCACGACCAGAAAAUGUUUGGCAAGCAACUUGGCAAUUAUUAUCAGAAGAUAUCCUCCAUGAAGAAAGAGUCUUACUGGAUAAUCCAGAAGCAGAGCUAACAAAUGAUGAAUUGAAAAAUCGUUGUUUAAAAAAGUUAGAAAAAGUUUUGAAAAGCUGUGGAAGAAGUUUUCAUGAUUUUCCAACAAUGCCAAGACCUCUUUACAAUGAGGAAGAAGUUGACCAUAGUAAUAGGUUAAUCCAUGAUGAAUUGCGUUAUAAUCGUCGUUCUCUGUUAGAGGAACAUCAACAAUUAUUAAUGAAUUUGACAGUUGAACAAAAGUCGGUUUAUGACAAAAUUAUGAGGGCAGUGAAUGAAGCCAAAGGUGGUAGAACAGCUCAUUCGAGAUUUGCAAUCCCUCUUAAUCCAAACGAAGAUUCAACAUGCAAUAUAAAGCAAGGUAGUCCUCUAGCAAAUUUGAUUAUAAAGACAAAGUUGAUUAUUUGGGAUGAGGCACCAAUGAUGCAUAAAUAUUGUUUUGAAGCUCUUGAUCAAACUCUUAGAGAUAUUCUUAGAUUUAAAGACACAUCCAGUGCUGAUAAACCUUUUGGAGGUAAAACAGUUGUUCUUGGUGGCGACUUCAGACAAAUUUUGUCUGUCAUUGCAAAAGGAUCUAGGCAAGAUAUUGUUAACACUACUCUUAAUUCUUCGUAUUUGAAGGCCCACUCAAUCGGUGAUGGAAGGAUUGGGAGUUCCAUUGAUGGCAUUGAGAAAGUCCAAAUCCCAGGUGAUCUUCUCAUAAAUAAUUGUGAUGAUCCAAUAUCGGCAAUUGUUGAAAGUACAUAUCCAGAUUUCUUUAAUCAUUCCAGUGACAUUGAUUACCUUCAACAAAGAGCAAUUCUUGCUUCGACUCUUGAUAUGGUGGAGUCGAUCAAUGAAUAUAUGGUUUCACUCAAUCAUAGUCCUGCGAAGACAUAUUUGAGUUCUGAUACAGUCUGUAUAUCUGAUCAUUCUUUUUCAGCUUUGGAGCACGUACAUACACCCGAAUUCCUAAACAGUAUUAAAUAUUCUGGAAUUCCAAAUCACUCUAUUACUUUGAAGGUUGGUGUUCCUAUGAUGUUGCUGAGAAAUAUAGACCAGUCAUCAGGAUUGUGUAAUGGCACGAAGUUGAUCAUCACAAGACUUGGAAAUCGAGUUAUUGAAGCCAAGGUUUUAUCGGGUAAUAUGGCUGGACAAAAAGUGUUUAUCCCAAGAAUGACGUUGACGCCAUCAGAUGCAAGAAUACCUUUUAAGUUCCAGCAAAGACAAUUUCCAAUUGUUGUAUCUUUUGCCAUGACAAUUAAUAAAAGUCAAGGUCAGUCGUUGUCUCAUGUGGGAUUAUUUUUGAAGAAGCCAGUAUUUACUCAUGGACAACCGUAUGUUGCUCUUUCACGCGUGACGAGUAGAAAGGGUUGA